AUGGCAGUAAGCGGGAUGAGGCGUAUGAGCAGUGAGGUGGUGCGACAGACGCAGAAGCCACAGGAAACGGUGAUCAUCAGCGACAGAUGCGCGGAAAGACUGGCUGAGAUUAUUAAAGAGGAAGGGCGUGACGUGUGUUUACGAUUGACCGUGGAGGGAGGUGGCUGUUCUGGGUUCCAGUAUAUUUUCACUCACGAUGACAAGGUCACUGCUGAGGAUAGCGUUUUCGAGCGUGAUGGAGUACGGCUGGUGGUAGACAACGUAUCUUUGCUUUUUGUGGAUGGCGCCACUGUGGACUUCACUGACGAACUUAUUCGUUCUUCCUUUCAGGUGAUCAGCAAUCCCAAUUCAGCAUUCGUGGUGGUGGACGAGGCCGUCGUGCAGUUCAUUCGCGGCGUCAACGAACAAACCAUUCCCGAAGUCCGACUCACGCGAUCCAGGGACGGCACCAGCGGCACGGCCACGUUCGUGUUUGAGCAGCCGUCUGUGUUCGACCAGCCCAGCGACCUGGGUGAUAUCACGGGACUAUUCAUGAUCGACGAGGAGGGCGACCUGCAGACGGUGGAUGUGAGCGCCAAGUUUAUCAAUGGCAAGCCAGCGGGCAUCGAGGCUAAAUACAUCAUGCGCACGGAGAGGGAAUGGGACCGCUUCAUGCGCUUCAUGGAGCGAUACGCUGAGGCCAACAACCUGGGCUUUGUCAAGAAGUGA